AUGAAGCCCCUGACCAUCAUCCUCGCCUUCGCCGCCACAGCUCUGGCCGACGGUGCCGCCAUGGCCAACGCCAACGCAAUCGCGACGUCCAACGCGGCCGACGCCGCGACUGCCGAAACAGCCGUGGCAGCCCUCGACGACGCGGCCGGCCAGCUGCACAAGUACAAAGGCUGCAAGCCGGCGACGUACGCGUGCGCCAAGGACCCCAAGACGGGCCGGCCGGGCUGGCAGUUCGCUGGCGACUGCCCACCCAAGAGCUACUGCAAGUUCAACUACCAGAACGGGAGCCCGUACUGCCUUCCGUGGUAA